UUCCUGGCUUGACAGAACAUGUCAGAGUGAGCCAGCCAUUCAGGACUCGCCAGUUCAGUUCAGUCCGCGCCUCUUCUCCACCGAUGUGGACAUGAGAGGAAGUCUGAUGCGCUAACCUGGUACUUCCCGGUGUACAGGCCGCAGCAUCUGUCAGAGCGGGACUGUCCGACCGGACCGGAGGCUGCUGCCACCUCUAAACUGGUUUGCUAGCUAGCUAACCCCAACCCCGCUAACUUGACCAGUAUAGGAGCCGACGACUGGGGCCUCCGGCUGGUACGACUCGGUUUACGGAGAUAACCCCCAGUUUGUUUCCCGGUGUAACAUCCUGCUGAGAUGGACAACCUGAGUGAAGCUCUGGAGAAGCUAAAGCUGGCGUCUACAGACAGCACCACCGACAGCACGGAGAGCUGCCUGGACUGCCUGCUCAAGGCGCUCGCCAACAACAACACCGAGACCAGCAUGAAAAUCCAGGAGAUGGGCAUCCUUCCCCUGCUUCCUAGCCUGCUAAACCCCCAGUCUUCCUGCACCCCGAAAGUAGCCAACAUCAUAGCUGAGGUGGCAAAAACUGAGUUCAUGCGGACCCCCUGCGUGGACGCCGGCCUCAUCCCUCCUCUAAUCCAGCUGUUAAACUCCACCGACCAGGAGGUGUUACUGCAGACCGGCCGAGCUCUAGGCAACAUCUGUUACGACAGCCAUGAGGGCAGGAGUGCAGUUGACCUGGCAGGAGGGGCUCAAAUAGUAGCUGAACACAUUAAAUCCCUCUACCAAAAUACUGAGCCGGAAAAUCAGAAGCUCUUGACUGUCUUUUGUGGCAUGCUGAUGAACUAUAGCAAUGAUAAUGAUUCCUUACAAGCCCAGCUGAUCAAUAUGGGAGUGAUUCCCACUCUGGUGAAGCUGCUGGGCAUCCAUUCCCACAACACAGCCCUGACAGAAAUGUGUCUAAUUGCCUUUGGGAACUUGGCUGAACUGGAGUCCAGCAAAGAGCAGUUUGCUACCACCAACAUCGCAGAGGAGCUGGUUCGUCUUUUCCAGAAGCAAACGGAGCACGAGAAGAAGGAAAUGAUCUUCGAGGUUCUGGCUCCACUGGCUGAAAACGAUGUGAUCAAGCUGCAGCUGGUGGAGGCAGGCCUGGUGGAGUGUCUGCUGGAGGUGGUGGCUCAGACCGUGGACGGUGAGCGGGAGGAGGACAUCGCCCAGCUCAAGACUGCCUCUGACCUCAUGGUUCUCUUGCUUCUCGGAGAUGAGUCCAUGCAGAAAUUGUUUGAGGGAGGAAAGGGAAGCGUCUUCCAGAGGGUUCUGUCCUGGAUACCGUCUCACAACCACCAGCUGCAGCUGGCUGGAGCGCUGGCCAUCGCCAACUUUGCUCGCAACGAUGGGAACUGCAUCCAUAUGGUGGACACUGGUAUCGUCCAGAAGCUUUUGGAGCUGCUGGAUCGACAUGUUGAGGAGGGCAACGUGACCGUACAGCAUGCAGCACUGAGCGCUUUGAGGAACCUGGCUAUACCUGUUGUGAACAAAUCCAAGAUGCUGUCGGCCGGUGUGGCAGAUGUGGUGUUGAAGUUUCUGCAGUCUGAGAUGCCUCCAGUUCAGUUUAAACUCCUGGGAACGUUACGCAUGCUCAUUGAUACCCAAGCCGAAGCUGCAGACCAGCUGGGAACCAACGGGAAGCUGGUGGAGAGGCUGGUGGAGUGGUGUGAAGCCAAAGAUCACGCCGGAGUGAUGGGCGAGUCCAACAGGCUCCUGUCGGCCCUCAUCCGACACAGCAAGUCCAAGGAAGUCGUCAGAACUGUUAUCCAAGGAGGAGGAGUCAAGCACUUAGUUACCAUGGCAACCAGCGAGCAUAUGAUCAUGCAGAACGAAGCACUGGUGGCUUUGGGUCUCAUUGCAGGCCUGGAUCUGGUUGCAGCUGAGAAGGAUUUUGUGGGAGCCAGCCUGGUGUCAGUGCUUCACAAGCUGCUGUCAGACGAGAGGAGCGCACCUGAGAUUAAAUACAACUCCAUGAUCCUCAUCUGUGCGCUCAUGGGCUCAGAGCCGCUUCACAAAGAGGUGCAGAGCCUGGCGUUCAUCGACGUGGUGGCCAAGCUGACGGCUCACGAAAACAAGGCGGUAUCACAACAGGCGUCGCUCACAGAGCAGCGGCUAACCGCCCAGAGCUAAAUGACUGUGUCCCCCCCACCCACAAUCCUGCCUGACCGACACCUCAUGACCGCUGACCCCUUUGUCCCAUUGUCAUGUGCCAAGGUACCACGUCGCGUUAACUGCCAGCCAGACAUCCAGCCACCUCCAUCCAACACCCCCGCCCCACGUCUGCUGGGCUUAGACUGAUGUGCAAUACUCAGCAUCUUUUUUUGUCUGUAUUCAGAUUUUGGGUGUACAAGCCUCUGAAACUGUUCUAGACUCUCCUUUUUGAAAGCCAUAAACAUGAGAUUUAUCAGGCGGGUUAGCAGGCAGGCUUAAGUUCAGCCCAAAUCCCUCAAAGAAGCGAUUAGCAACCAUGAUCAUAUUAAUAUUUGAAGCUACAUCAGUCUAAACCUGGUCUCCACCUCUGUUUGUGCAUGUUUCCUCUGCCUGGCUCUCAGAGAGCCGAGGCGCCAUAAACAGCCUGAGGCAAUAGAUUAAGAGACGACCAUAGCUGUGACACCACCCACCGGUAACCCACCAGUGAUAAUGUGCACAAGACAACAAAUGAUUAAAAAAGACAAAAAAAUGUUCAUGUUGUGAUUUUUCUUUAUAUUUUCUAUGAAAUAAACAUCCAUCCAUGAUGUGCCCAGCC